CUAUCAAUAAUGUAGAAAUUGUAAGGUGCAUGAUUUGGAAAUUUCGGGAAAGAAAAUACUAGAUAAAGUGAAACCUGUUUGUGUACCUCCUCAAACAAACUUUCAAAACAAAAUAAAUUAAAAAAGUUCAUUGUUGUUAAAAGAAUGUGUAAAUUACGUUAGUAAGUUCAUAUAUGUAACAUCACAGGAAAUGGUCAUGGAUGUACGGUUGACUUUUAAGAUCAGACCAAGUCAUCUCCAAAAAAAACAGAGGAAUGUACGUAAUUGACUUGUGUUGAUCAAACAUUUACCAUUUCUCAUUUAGGUAGGUGUGUUAUCAUCAUUUCAUUCAGAUUUAAGAGCCAAUCAUUCUGGAAAAGAGAAAAAAAAAGAAUAAUCUGUUUUGGGAUCGAGCACUCAAAAAUGGCUAAUCUCUUCUUUUUCUUGACAAUAUUGAAAGCUGCUAUAGUUCUCACAAUUGUUACAGCUGACCAAUCAGAUUUCAUAAGCAUAGAUUGUGGUGCUACAGAAGACUAUAUUGAUCAAAUAACAGGAAUUAAGUACUCUACAGAUGUUAAUUACAUAGACACUGGAGAAAUAACAAACAUUUCUCCUCCUUUCAAUACCGAAAACCUCGAACAACAAUUGAAUAAUCUCAGAUUUUUUCCACAAGGACAAAGAAAUUGUUACACCCUUAAACCUCGAGGGGGCAAAAACCGAACAUAUCUGAUCCGAGCAAAGUUUAUGUACGGAAACUACGAUGGAUUGAGUCAAAACCCGGAGUUUGACUUAUACCUCGGAGUGAACAAGUGGAGAACAGUGAAAGUGGAAAAUCCAACCAAAACUAUAGAAUAUGAAAUCAUACAUGUUUCACAGUCAGAUUAUAUAUCUGUUUGUUUGGUUAAAACAGGAGAAGGGACACCUUUCAUAUCAGCAUUAGAGCUGAGACUUAUGAACGAAAAUACUUAUGUUAGUCAAACUGGGACCUUGGAUCUUUUUGCAAGGGUAGAUUGUGGUGCAUCGUCUGAUAUUAAUCAAGUCAGGUUUAGAGAUGAUGUUAUGGAUCGAAUAUGGAAGCCUUUGAACUUUCAAGACUGGAAUAUUAUAACCAAUACAUCAUCAUCACCUGAAUUUAAACAAAAUUUUUAUGAGCCACCAGCUGUUGUUAUGGGAACUGCAGUCGCACCAAAGAAUGAAACUGAUGUAAUUGGCAUCUCUUGGAGUACUGUUGACCAAAACCCUGAAGAUUUUUAUAUUUAUCUACAUUUUGCUGAGCUCCAAAAGUAUAGCAAGAAUGAAACUAGAGAACUCAACAUAUACUUAAAUGGUACAUUGUUUUAUGGGCCAUUGGUUCCAAAUUACUUGAGUUUAAGUACAAUAUACAGUGUAAAUCCCACAAGGGGGUCAAGUUUACAGAUUAUAGUAAACAGAACAGAAAACUCAACUCUUCCACCCUUACUUAAUGCCAUUGAGAUUUACACACAAAAAAUACUUGAAAAUACAGAAACACUCCAAAAUGAUGUUGAUGCCAUUAUGAAUGUUAAAUCAAAUUAUAAUCUGAAGAAAAAUUGGCAAGGAGAUCCAUGUGAACCAAGAAAUUACAUGUGGGAGGGUCUGAAUUGCAGCUUCACUAAUUUUGAUUCACCAAGAAUUAUAUCUUUGAACUUGUCUUCAAAUGGAUUGACUGGACAGAUAGAUUCAAAUAUAUUGAACCUGACCUUGUUAGAGGAGUUGGAUUUGUCAAACAAUAAUUUAAGUGGGCCAGUGCCUGAUUUUCUGUCUCAGAUGCCAACUCUGAGAGUUUUAAAUCUAGAACAAAACAACUUCUCUGGAACACUCCCAAAAGGACUCCAAGAAAAGCUAAAGAACAAUUCAAUGCUAUUGAGAACGGAUGGAAAUUCAUUUCUUUGUCUAUCAUCAGUUCCAUGCCAGAAGAAGGAUAAGGACAACAACAAGAUUCUUGUCCCGGUAUUAGCAUCAGUUGGUGGAUUUUUUGGCCUCUUGUCAGCUGUAGUACUUAUCUUCUGGUUCCUUAAAAAGAGGAAACAAGAUAAAACAGUAUUGAAUGUCAAUGUUGAGUCAGAAUCUAAAAAACUUGGUGAAGCAUUUGAGCUUAAGAAACAUCAGUUUACCUACUCAGAAGUCCUAAGUAUGACCACCAACUUUGCGCGCAUACUCGGAAAAGGAGGAUUUGGAACAGUUUACCAUGGUUACUUUAAAGGCAGCCAAGUUGCUGUUAAGAUGCUCUCUCGUUCAUCGGCACAAGGCUUCACACAGUUCAGGACAGAGGCCAAACUUCUUACAAAAGUUUAUCAUAGAAACUUGACAGCUCUAGUUGGUUAUUGUGAUGAAGGACCUAAUAUGGGGCUUGUCUAUGAAUACAUGCCUAAUGGGGACUUAGCAUGGCAUUUAUCUGAUAAAAAUGAAGAUCCAUUGAGUUGGGAAGAGAGACUUGAAAUAGCAUUGGCUGCAGCCCAAGGGUUGGAAUAUUUGCACUGUGGCUGUAAGCCACCCAUUAUACACAGAGAUGUGAAGACAACAAACAUUUUAUUGGAUGAAAAAUUACAAGCCAAACUCUCUGAUUUUGGACUGUCCAGAAGUUUUGCACUUGAAGAUGACACUCAUGUAUCAACCCUUGUUGUUGGCACACCAGGUUAUGUUGACCCUGAGUACCUCAUCUCGAACAGGUUGACUGAGAAGAGUGAUGUUUUUAGCUUUGGGGUUGCUCUGUUGGAAAUUAUCACAGGUCGACAAGCAAUCUUUAAGAGCAAUGGAAAAGAGCAUAUUAUUGAAUGGACUAAGUUUUGUCUCUCCAAAGGGGACAUCAAGUACAUUAUGGAUCCAAGAUUAGAGCAAGACUUCAACAAGAACUCAGCUUGGAAAACCGCAGAAGUGGCUAUGGCCUGUGUAUCUCCCACUUCCACAAGACGACCAAAUAUGUCUCAGAUAGUGGCAGAACUAAAACAAUGCUUGGCAAUGCAGGUAGCUAGAACUAACAACAACAUUAACGCCAUUGAGUCAAUAGAGCUCAUGGAAAAUAUGCAUGUAGAUAUAGACUCUGGUCCACUUCCAAGGUAGUAGAGUAAUUAAAUGAAAUGAAGGAGAGCUUAUCAUUUUGGAUAAUAUACUUAAUAUUGCCGAUCAUUCAUUUUUACUAUAUGCAAAUGCAACACUUUUAGCUGUU